GUCAUCCUCGUGAGCUUUUUUUUUUUUUUUUCUCGUUUUCCCUUCUUUUCAAAUUUUCCUUGUCACCGUGAAUUUUGCACAUUGGUUCAUUUGAUUGAAGCACACAAUGGAAUUCUCCAUACAGAUGCAAGAAGAAAUCUUUUUUGCAAUCCUUUUCACCAUAAUUAUCAGUAUAUUUGUGGUUUCCUUUCAUGUUAAAGGCAAGAAGAAACAUCAGAGGAGACCAACACCGGAGCCAGCAGGGGCAUUACCUUUUCUUGGUCACUUCCAUCUUUUUGGUACAAAGCAGCUGCUACAUAGAGUAUUCGGAGACAUGGUUGACAAGUACGGACCUGCCUUCUUGGUCCGUCUCGGCAUUCAUCAAGCACUUGUGGUGAGUGACUGGGAAGUUGCAAAAGAAUGUUUGACAACCAACGAUAAGUUAUUUUCUACACGUCCAAGAUCCUUAGCCAUAAGGCUUAUGGGCUAUGACCAUAGAAUGUUUGGCUUUGCUCCUUAUGGACCAUAUUGGCGCAAUAUAAGGAAACUAGCAACGAUUGAGCUACUUUCUAGUCGCCGGAUCGAGUUACUCAAGCAUGUACGGGACACAGAAGUCAAUUGUUUUAUAAAGGAAUUAUAUGAGCAAUCAGUGAAAAGCAGAGGCAUGGCUGUAGUGGAAAUGAAGGAAAGAAUUGGCGACUUGGCAACGAACAUCAUAGUGAGGAUGGUCGCUGGAAAAAGAUACUAUUCUGGUACUGAAGGAAGCUGUGACGAUGAAUCAAGGCAAUGCCAAAAUGCCAUGGCUGAUUUCUUUCAUCUGGCGGGGCUAUUCUUGGUUUCAGAUGCGGUUCCUUUUUUUGGUUGGCUGGAUGUUGUCAUGGGACAUAUAAGCAAAAUAAGAAGGACAGCAAAAGAGUUGGAUUUUGUAUUCGGAAGCUGGGUAAAUGAGCACAGGAAAAGGAGGCUCCAGGAAAGCAACAAAGGGGAGCAAGAUUUCAUUGAUGUCAUGUUGUCUAUCAUGGAUGAAAACAAUACCCCAAUUCAAGAGGCAGAUACUACCAUUAAGGCUACUUGCCUGAGUAUGAUCUUGGGUGGCAUUGAUACCAAUGUGAUCACAUUAACAUGGGCAGUCUCCUUGCUGUUGAACAAUCGCCAUGGCAUAAAAAAGGCCCAAGAUGAACUUGACAUCCAUGUUGGAAAGCAUAGGCAAGUGGAAGAGUCAGAUAUAAAAAACUUGGUAUACUUGCAGGCCAUUAUCAAGGAAACAUUGAGGUUACACCCAGCGUUGCCUCUAUCAGUACCAAGGGAAGCCAUGGAGGACUGCACAAUAGCUGGUUUCCAUGUUCCUGCGGGCACUCGCCUUUUGGUUAACCUAUGGAAGUUGCAGCGUGACCCCAGCAUUUGGCAAAAGCCUUCAGAUUUCUUGCCUGAGAGGUUCCUUAAUGACCAUGCCAACUUAGAUGUAAGGGGUCAAAAUUUUGAGUUUAUACCAUUUGGUUCUGGUAGAAGGGUUUGUCCGGGUAUCACUUUUGCGCUUCAAUUCCUGCACUUAGCGUUGGCUCGGCUGCUUCAUGGAUUCGAAUGGGGAACACUCUCGGACAAAGCAAUCGACAUGAGUGAAAGCCCUGGAAUAACUGUUCCUAAAGCUACACCAUUAGAGGUUACUCUUACUCCACGAUUACCUUCCAUCCUCUAUGGGUAAACACUGGAAAAAUAUAUGCCAUAUGCUUGAUAUUGGUGCAUAUAGUACUUGAUUUGCAAUUCAUUUUCUUUUUUUUUUUUGACUGCAUAUUUCUCUGCCUAAAUAGACAGUCAAAUUAGUUUUUAGUAUAUUUAUUUACAUUAUUUCAUUAUCAGUUAAUUUAAUAUUCGAGGUAAAAUUUUACUUGGUGUAGUAACAAACAUAUAUAGGAGUGAUGGAAGUAAGAGCCGUCUAAUGUAAACCAGGCUUCGGCUAACAUAGGAUGCUUUUGAUACUCGUAUUUGUUGGAAUUUACUCCUAUCAAAUUCAUAAAGACAUAUUCUGUU